UCCAUUGCGGCACUGACUCUCAUUGACAUGCUUACUUAAAAAAACCCAAGCGACCAAGAAAUCUCUCUCUCUCUGCUGCGCUUUAUAUUCUCCUCAGCGGCUCUGCAUCGUCGUUGUCGAUGCUCUCUUCUUCUUUGAGGUUUCAGCUCUCAGGUUUUUAAUUAUCAAAUUCGGAAGCAGAAGCAGGGAUGCUUGAGGGCUAAAAUGAUAAACAGUAAGGUGGUAUUAACAUAUAGGCGAAAACGGACAUCUUCAAGACUAGAACCUGCAUGUGGAACUCAGUGUGUUUAUUCAACUUCUGAAUCCUCAAGUGAUAAUCUUGCAACAAGACUAGGCCAGCAUGAUGAAUCAAGCAAAAAGUAUUCACCAGAAAAUCAGAAAGAAGAUGCUCGGCUCUGUAUUAAAUGUUUUGAUUUGGGAGGAAUCCUGCUGCACUGUGGUAGCUGUUCUCAGGCUUGCCAUCUUCAAUGCAUUGAUCCUCCUUUUAAGCAUAUUAUUGAUGAGCAAUGGGUAUGCACUACUUGUACUGAACUACAAAGUUUCAGAAAUUCCCUUGAGCAUCAAGUCCCAGAGUGUGGGAGGCAAAUGGCAACGGGUGGAUUAACUGAUAAAGUGCUUCUGGCAAUGAAUCAUGGAGACGCUAGCUCUGAUAAGGGAACUGGAGGCUCACUGCAAGCAGAUGCAUACUUGAAAUCUGGGUCCACAUGCAAGACUGUAUUCCCUGAAACAAGAUCAGUUUCUCAAUUUGAAGAUGUGGAGACAGAGCUUAAAGUUAAAUCCAUAUGCUUAGAUUCAUCUGUCAAAAUAAAUUGCAGUUCUGAUUGUCCCAGUGCUGAUAUGGAAAACCCAGAUUCCCUUUCCAAGGAUAAAUCAUGUUUAACAUGCAGUGAUGGGCUUAUGGACAAGAAAUGUAGUACCCCACUGAUUACUUUCUGUCGAAGAGUGAAAAAGAAGGAUGUGAAGAGGACAAGUUCAGAAAAUAUUUCAGUGGUGGAAAAGAAAAAAUGUGCAAUUGUCAGCUACUGCAGUUCUGCAUCUGAAAUAGGAUCUAAAUGUGAUGCUCCUUUAAAAUGUAUCUCUGGAACGGCUGUAAUAUCAUCAAGGCAAGAUCCUGGAAUGUGCCAUUUACAAGAUGAGAUGUUCAAAGAAGUUGCAAGUGGCACCAGCACUUCUGCAGAUGACCUAAAAGAUUCACUGAUAAAAUGCGCUGGAACACCUUCAACGGUAAUGGACCUGGUGGUAAUUGGAGACAAACAAUGCAAGUUGACUGAAGUUGGGGUUUCUGUUGGGGAGGAAUUUCAAAGUGCAGAAAAUGUUGGUUCAAAGGGAACAAUUGUCAAGCCUGAUGCAGUUUUAGGAGUUACAGCCUCCAUGGGCCAUUUGGACCUAUCUGUAGCACCCCUUGAUUCAUGCGGUACAGUGAAGGGCACUCGCACUGAACUACUUAUUAAGGCUGCAUCCGAAACUCUUUUGGACAUAACAAACUCCGCUAGUACGAAUCAUGCUACUGUUUUGCAUGAAGAAAAGACUAAAAUAGGCAAGGGUCCAGUGCUGUUGGAAAGCAGUAGUGAGACAGUGCAGGAGAGAUCGUCCGAUACAUAUGCUGGUAGAAGUUCAUGCAUUAAUGGCAAGGAACAUGGAAAUAGCGGUAAAGAUUAUGUGAAAGCUUCCACUCUGCUGCCAAUGGAUAAUUCUUCACAGAAUCAGUGUCAGCAGAACCUUUAUGAAGAUUUAAUGAAUGAGACGGCUCCAUUAGCAUGCCGGCCAUCGGAGGUGACUACUUGCGUGGAUUCUUCCCUUACCAAGUCUCGAUGCAAAUCUGAUCCAUGUAAUCAAAUGUCGACCAAAUCUUUUCUCUGCCCCACUCUUUUUUUGGGAUUAUCCCUACCAAUGGAGCCUGAUACUGCAGUUAGUGCCUCCAAGGACUGCUCCUCCAUGUCUUCAUUUCCAUGCUCUAGUAGAAGUAAUUAUAUUCAAAAUUUUCCGCUCCAUUCUGGGCCAGACCAGACUUCCAUCCAGAGACACAAGCUGAUGCUUGACAGUAUUGUAACAAGAGCAAGAGCAUUGAAGGGAAAACAAGGCUGUUGGCUGGAUAAGUUCAAGGGAUCGGCUACUGCAUGGUCAGAUGUAGAGCUGGAUUCUCUUUGGAUAGGGGUGAGGAGACAUGGAAGGGGCAACUGGGAUGCCAUGUUAAGGGACCCAAGAUUGCAUUUCUCAGUAUCGAGGGUAGCAAAGGAUCUGGCUGAUCAGUGGGAUGAAGAGCAAUCCAAACUUUCAAGUGGCACGCUGAUUCAGCCAGCAAGUUUAAGAAACUCACAAGGUCACACAGAAGGCAUCGACAGUGGUUUGUUGUCUGAAACAAGAGUGGACAGUCAUGGCGUAGGAAAUUGUAUGCCACCAAGCUCACAAGCCUUGAUGGAUGAAACUCAACUUUCUCUGGGGAAUGCAUAUGUUCAGAGGGAGAGGAGUUACCCAUACAGUCUGCCAAACCAAUAUACAAUGCAUCACAUUCUGGCAGAAAACAACAGUCCGGACAAGGUGUCUUCUGUUUUCCAUAGUGACCUAAGAAACACGGUCCUUCAGAAGAUGAGUAACAAACAACUUCAGAAGAAUAUUAGGGGUCAAAGGAAUCGUACAUAUCCAAACAGAAAACGCUUUAGAUAUAAUAAAGAUGUUUCCAUUUUUUAUCAGAAUACUUUUUACAAAUCAGGAAGUCAUGAUGCUGACGUCGGAGCAAAUUCGAAUCAUUCUUUGUCGCCAGAUCAUCCUUCUGCUGGAUCCUCUGCCAAGGGUAAUCUGCCACAUUGGCUAAGAGAAGUGAUUAGUCUCCCUCCUUCAAGGCCAACAGAGCCAGCCUUGCCUCAUCCUGUUUCGCAAGUGAACCCCCUUUAUGAUAACCACCAGCAGGUUAUCCCACCCUUUUGCAGUCCUGGUGAGCUACCAUUGCCCCAAACAAAUCCUCAACAGGGACUGAGAAAGAAUGAAAUCAAUUGCAAGUUUGGUGGCCAUGCAACAUCUGACAUACCAUUACCCAACCCAGUUGGAAGCAGAUUUGGUCAUCUAUCAGUGAUGGGGUCGAGCUCUAUAAUGCCUGAGGCAGAGAAUCAAAUCUCGAAUGGAAGAACUGAUUUGAACCCAGCAUGCUCAUAUUCUAUUUGUAAAAGAAAAGAUUUGAUUGUCAUUGAGAGUGAUGCUUCUUCCGAAGAGACCAUAUCAGAUGAUCACGGUGGUAGGCCUUAGCUCCUUUUGGAACUUGGACAGCAUUGCAGCAUCCCAGUAAUGCCAGUUUUGUAGGCAAAUCUGUGUUAUAAAUUAUAGAAAUUUUGUGAAAGAUCCAGACGUCCUGUACAUAAAUACUUCUAGUGCCUAUAUACUAUAUAUAAGGGGAGAAAUGAGAUUUGCUACAUAUUUUGUCA